ACUUUAACUAGGAAACAAUCCCACGUACCUACACAACGCCAUUUACCUAGCGCAAUUAAAUAGGAUGUGUUGAAAUAAUUUCGGUAUUUUUCAAAAUUUUAAUCAUUUUUUUGUUGUUGGUGUUUUUAGAAUUUAGCGGUAUUUCGCGGAUAUUGAAUUUUUAUAAAUUUCUGCGAUAUAUUGCGUUAGAAAAAUGGUGAUUUCGUGUUCGGCGUACGCUUGCUCUAACAAAUGGAGUCGUGAUUCUCCCAUUCAUUUUCAUAAGUUUCCGUUCAGAAGCCGCUCGUUAUGCGAGAAAUGGGUUAGAGCGCUAAAACGUAAAGAUUUCGUACCGACAAAAGCCAGUUUAGUAUGCAGCGAUCAUUUUCGAGACGAUGAUUACGUCGAAAGAGCCGGACUAACGAAACGAAUGCUCAAGAAAGAUGCGGUGCCUUCUAUAUUCAAUUUCCCAGUGCAUUUGGGAGGUGAUAUGUCUCAAAACCAUGUACUUAAGAAAAGAAAAUCCGGCAAUACUUUCAGGAGAAAAGAACUUAUCGAUAUGGAUAACAUUGAUUCAUUUCUCGAUAACUUACAGUUGAUCCACGAAUUGGAAGUGUUAGAAGAUAACGAAAUGAAAAGGGUAAGCGCCGAAGAAGUUAAUUGCGAAGUUUAUUUGGACGACGAAGAGAAAAACGAUAGCUUGAAUGUAUCGUUGAACCACGAUUCGAUGGAAAUUUGUGAUGGUAUAACUAAUAUGUAUAAUAUAGAAGAAGAAGACGAUUUAUUAGAAAUGGCUGAAGCCGACGAAGAAGAUCAAUGUUACAUUAUGGGCAGUAUUUGGGGAGAAAGAUUGAAACUAUUGUCCGAAGAUAUCAGAUCACGAGUUCGAGAAAUCAUUAACCAAGUAUUUAAAGAAGCUCAGAAAGGAACGCUUAGUGAUAAAAUAGCUUCGUUGGAGCGCUGAAGUAAAGUAAAGACAUAAUGUAUCAAUGUUCGUAUUGGAAAUGUAAUUCUUGUGUAACUACCUUUUUGAUCAUACACUGAUUAACUUCUCAUACUAUAAUUACGAUCGUCGUUAACAUGGUGUAUAAUUUUCUCCUACGAAAGAAUUACAUUCCUAAUUUUAAUGCUGUGGUUGGUUGGUUUUGUAAUCUAUGUCCUUUUUAACAUGUGGUAGCCUUUUUUUUCCAUUUUUUCCCCCCUUCUAAAUUAUGCUUAUCGUUGAUUCUUCAUACUGGCUGGUAUAUGUAUAUGAAAUCAAGUUUAAGCAUUAUUAUACCCGUACGUGUCAUAUGGAAAAGAUGAGAUUUGAACUCGUCUAAUUUGUAUUCCAGCUGCACGCUUCCAUGUGUUUCUAUUCGUAUUAAUUUAUGUAGUACGUAAAUACUUUUAAUGCGGAAUAAGUUUAUGUUGACAAUUCUGUAUUUUGAUUUUUUUUUACGUUGUGUUCGUAUUUAUUUUUAUUUUAUUGACAUUUCCUAAUAAAAGUAACUCAUUUGUAUUAAA